AUGAAGACACUUCAGGUACUGGUUUUGCCUAAUAUGUUACAUGAUGGCACAUUUAGCAUAUUUCCAUAUCACUAUUAUUGAACAAAUAAUGAUUCUCAUGGCCUCAGUCCUCUGUCGGUGAACUUCCUAAAAAGUGUCAUCUUUGACACCAUUAUUUGGAGUACAUUUUUUUGCUUGCUCAGCCGUUUGCAUUGUCACUUUCCAUGCGGCUAAUUUAUUUAUUUUUCCAGUGGAUGGUCCUAUUUUUUAAAAGCUUUAUAACAUUUCUCCUUUUCAUUUUCUCCCAUUUCCACCUCAGUUCUCCCUCCCCCCUGCCUGAGAAAGCUUGGUUCUGUUGUCAUUUAUUCAUCCUUUCUUAGGGAUGCUCUCUCCCCUCACCCAACCGUUUGUCGUGAUGAAUUAUUUUAUGUUACAUUAUGUGCAAGAAUCUAAGAAAUGUUGUCGGUGCCUCUUAGAAGUGCAGCAGUUCAUACGUAAGGAACAGAACAUAGACAUGUAGCUUGGAAGCAUUAUAUUUGUUGGUAUCAACCCUUUAAAUUCAUUUACCUCUUUAAUCUUUCUAAUUUUAGGAUUUUGGAGUUUUGAUGCUCCAUUUUUAUCAAAAAUGCAAGAUGUAGACAGCUAGAAAGAGUGUUGGAUCAUUGAUUUUCCCUCAAAACAAGAUGUUUUGCCAUGGCUGUUUAUUCAAAACCACUUGAUCUUCAACUUUUGAUGUGUUUAUGCGUUGGAUCAUUGUUUACUCAAAAAUACACGAAGUUAUGUGUUUCUCUAAAACAGCUAAUCAUUACUUUUAUUUCUAUCUAUGAAUUAUGACAGCUGGGCAACUUGGUCGUACUAGUGUAGUGGUGGUUAAGUCAUUGUCAGCUCAUGCCAUUAUUGUGUUAUGCAAUCAUUUUUAUUGAAUUAUCCAUCGUAUUUUAUCCAUCAUUUUCAGAUCCAAACUUGUAAUAGAUAGGGGGUUUAUUAGGUUUUAUCUUAGGCCUACAAUAUCAAAUGGAUGCUGAGGCAGAGCGGACUGCGCCCGCUUAAUUUUUUUAUUAGUCAUUUGGUUUUGGAAUAUUUCAUUGCUGUUGUGCUUGCUGGGUUUGAAUUCUUUUAAAAAAAUGUAUAGGAACCUCAAGGCACAAGUGAAGAAGUUAAGCAGUCAUUGCAUGCAUCUCCUAACUCACAAAGUAGCCAACAAAUUAGUCCAGGACCUGAUGCUCUUAUGGCAGACUCUGAUGGAGCAUCAGUGCCAAACAAUGAGAACAGCAAGAAAGUUUCUCGUGAAGAUAUUGAACUUGUAAGACCAUUCGUUGUCUUUUCUGAGAAUUUCGGAACUUAUUCUGAGAAGUUCUUCAUCAGUUGUUCUGGUGGUAGGCCUACAAUACCUUACUUAGUCAAUGGACGUUAAUAUAACAAAGUAUUAUGGGCAGUAUUGCAAGUUAUUGAACUAAGUUAAAUAAUUCAUUUUCCUUUUUCCUUGUGUCACUUUUAUUUAUCUUGAAACCAAUGUUUGGUGCAGGUUCAAAGCCUGAUUGAACGGUGUCUGCUUCUGUAUAUGAACAGAAGUGAAGUUGUGAAAAUUCUGAGGAAUCGAGCAAAAAUAGAGCCUGGAUUCACAUCUCUAGGUGGAUUGCACUCGUUCUUAAACAUUCAUCAUAAGUUCAUUCAGUUGUUAAAUGAUCAACCGCAAUCGAGGGUAUUUUAAUUUUGAGCACAAUGUGUAUUUAAUUAAGGAUAACCUAUAGAGAAUGUCUGAUCAUGGAAACAGUCACUAAUCUAAUGGAUCAUGAUUACUUUAGGAAUGUAAAUCAUGCAAUGACAUGAAGGAUAUGAUUGGCAAUUCAGUGACCUUUCCCAUUGUCAAUUCCUGAUUGAUGAUGUAAUACCUAUCUGACUUUUGUCACCAUGACAUUUCCUUGCAUCUACUCUUUUAAGUUAAACAACGUGAAAUUGUUGACAUGCACUUUCUAUUUUGAGUAAUGUUAAAUUUACAAACAAGGCUUCAGUUUACUUGUUUAAGAAGUCAUAUAGAUAACAUACCGCCACAUUUCCUGCGUGUACUUCUGAAAGGGGUCGUUGAUAUUAACGUGUGUCUUUUCCUAUUCAGUGUGGCAGAAACUUGAAGAGGAAAAUGCGGAGUUUUUCAGGGCAUAUUACAUAAGAUUGAUGCUGAAGAAACAAAUCCUUUUGUUCAAUAAUUUGCUUGAACACCAGUAUCAUCUAGUUAAUCACACUGAAACUCCCAAAGCUCCUUUGGCACCUGUACAGAAUGGUAUUCAUUUAAUGGCUGGUAAUUUUUCUCACGUUAUUUGUUUCACAGAUGCUUACAUGAUCGGUCGACAACCUCAUUGCUAAAUUAUUGUUUACAAAUUUAUGGAUUCUCAAAACCAAUUUUAUAAAUUGUUGGCACGCGAAUUCAAGUUAAACAUGACUUUCAUUGUUCUGUCGGUUUUAUGCUCUCUUAUAAUUGACUGUUCGAUGAAGGCAGGCUAGGAGUAAGAUAAUGUGUUCUAUGAAGAUUAGCCGCCUUAUUUUUACCUCCAGGGAAAAGCAUUUCAAAAUGUAAAUGCAUUCCUUGGGAAUGCAUUUCUAAAAUUAAUUUAAUUCACCAUGGGAGGCAUGGAAGACAUUUGAAAUUGAGAAAACAAGGAAAGAGAAAGAGGAUCAUUUGUCAUUACAGUCUGAUGUUUCUCUUCCAAAUGAAUCCUUAGGCUUCCGGAUGUCAGAAGCUUAUGUUGCUCUGUGCCAGCAGCUGGUGUUGCUCCUGCCCCUCACCGUUGGUUCUGAAUGGCUGAUGGCUUUGGUCAAUCACAUUUCCUAGGCGGCCAAAAGAAGGAAAGAAGGGUGGUGAUGAGAUCUCUCUCUCAAACUUGGGGUGCCUGAUGAGUUGAUGCAGUGGAACAAUUGGAUAUUAACCCCAAUUGUUUCGUUUAUUUUUUGUAAUCAUGUUUCAUGGAAUAUAAGCAUAUGAUUAAAUAUUACGAUUUUAUUGAUUUAAUAACUAUUUCAAAGAUUCUCGAAAAAUAUGAUGUCAACUUUUGUGGCAUAACCCACUUUUUUUUCCUUGUAACCUUGACUUGAAAGAUCUUCUUCUCACUUCCACUUUCCGUUUCAAUUCUUGCAUUUUACUUGUCUGUUAGAUAACUAUUGGUCACAAAAUCUUUAGUAGUAGUAGUAGUAGUUGCCCAUCUAUUUUACGGACUUGGACCAAUAGUGAUGCCUUCUUGUUUUAUAACUUUCAUUUGAUUUGUCUUCUGUUGCAUGCAUUCUAUCAGAUAUUCUAGUUUGAUUUUCCUAAGACUAAAAGCUUCGAGAGUGUGUCAAUGUAUUCCUUUGAACCUGUGCAAACGUAAUGUUUCCUUCAAAGCAGAGAGGAAUCACUGGCUAACUAAGUGGGAUUUUUGUUACUUAUGAUGACUUGGCUGAACUCAGUUUAUUCUUCUCAUGACAUUAUUUUUCUGCCGGUAUACCUAGAUCGUUGUAACCAUCUUGACUAUGCUACUGAUACUCGGUCACUAUUUUCCCUUCCAAGAUAUAUAUUUCAUACGCGGAGUUAUCAGAAAUAUCUUCUGAAAAACUCAACGAGUGAUCGUGAUUUCAUAAUAUCAUUACAUUUAAACAAUGUAAGUAUGUUUUCUACGCAGUUAACAACGUACCAAUGGGGUAUCCAGUUCUGCAGCAGCCUGCAUUAUCAGCCACCGCUCCGCCUCAUCUAGAUUCCAUGGGACUUUCCAGCUGUCAUGUAGUCAAUGGAGUUCCUGCUCAGGGCAAUUUUCACCCGAUCAGGAUGAACUCGGGGAAUGAGUAAGAUUUUUCAUUUCUUUCAGGGAAAAAAAAAAAUCCUUUCAUUUUUCUCUGAAGUAUGCGGCAUCUAGACUCCUGGAUUACGAACUAUUGGUUAAGAUAUACUUUUGUUUUCAUGAAAUCAUCAAUAUGCCUUGCAAAAGGGUCUGUGUUCUUGGUGGACUUCUGGCUGCGAAGGAGAAAUUUAAAACCUGGAAGAUGAACGAGCAUACAGGGGAAGCUAUGAGACGAAAUGCACCUUAACCAAAAAUGAUCUGACGUCAUUUUUCACAAAUUCUCACAGAUAUCAAGUAGCAGCAUCACCUACAUGUGUCUGCACCAUGUUCUUCGUUUCUUGUGCAUUUUCUUUUCUCUCACUUGAUCUCCGGAUAUAUAUAUAUAUAUAUAUGCUGAUUAUAUUUCUGCUGUUGAUUGAAAUAGUAUGAUGAUUGACAAAACAACCAAUAUGUCCCCCGCUGCUGCACCAUGCAGUGCCAUGUCUUCGAUGACAGAGAUGGCCGUGAGCCCAGCAUCAGUAGCAUCCAGUGGGCACUUUCCCUUUACAUCAUCAGAUAUAACAGGAAUUGGGAUAGAUUCAUCAGUGCUUGAUUCUGCAUUUACAUCCGAUAUGGGGACAUCGGGAGAGCUGCAACUGGGAAUAGAUGGUGGACCGGGAACCUCAAAAGAUACCCUCAGAUCAGGGGGACAGCUUCCGUGGACACUCAGUCUCACUGAUCUAACUGCAGACUUGACAAACCUGGAAGGUGAUCUCUUUUUUUCAUUAACUCGUCCGUGUUCUAGCGCAUCCUUGAACCGGUCAAAGAUCCCAACCAUCAUUCCUUAGAACUACAAGUCCAUGUCCCCUUCAUUAUGAGUUGUUUCCACUACAACGGAUGAUGUUCACGCUUCAUCUCACUGAUAGAAGACUGACUGGCAUCUUUUCUCAUUCCUCGAACCCUUCUUUUACAGUUUCUCAGAUCUUUCUGAAGGAGCUACUAGACUAGAGCAGACACUCUUAAAAAAAUAUAUGUGUGGAACCAUCACCUACCAAAAGCAUUGGACUUGUUAAUUUGCCAAGUUAUAUCCUCUUUCGAGUUGUUUUUUUUUUUUUUUUUUUCUAGUAACGUCCAGCAUCUCCGAAACAGUAUAAAUCCUCCACUCGUCCCUUUUUUUCAUGGCAUCACUUCUGAAAAUAUUGUUAUAUCCGUUCCCAAGCUUUGACUUUUACCUUUUUGGGCUAAUUUCUGCAGAUCUUGGACCCUUGGGAAACUACACUGGCUCACCUUUCUUGCCAGAUACUGAUCUCAUGCUCGAUGCGGAUCAGGAUGACAUAGGUAUCUCCAACCUUCCUUUAACUGGGUUUAUCUACGUUUUCUUUGCGACCUAAGGAUGCUCAUUCAUAUCAUUACCCAUAUUUUUUCUUCUACCUAUGUGCCCACUUCUGGAAUCACUUCUUGCUCGUACGUAGAGUCUAUGCAGUACUGUUGAGCCUAUCUCUGUGUCCAUGCCCAACUGACGAAAGUUGCCAUCUUUGGAAGUACGAGCCCCGCCUAACACUCGGCAUCUCUCUGAAAACAGUCGAGGACUACUUCGCCGACAACAUCAACGACCCCUCCUCCCAGUCCGAUGAAGAGAAACCGUAG